AAAGGCAUAUUUCAUGAGAACUGCUGAUCCCUACUCCCAUUUUUUCUGGGAGGGGUGGGAUCUCCCUACUUCACAUAGAAACAAAUCCCUGAGAGAUCACACCCUAGAAUCAUGGAAUCUCAAAUCUGGGAAGGUUCUGAGUAAGGAUCCAAACCACAAGAGGUCAGCUAGCAUCUCUUUCAAGUGCCUCAGCAAUGGGAAGCUUGUACAUGGUGUUGUACAGCAUGAUUUACCCACGGACCUCUUAGGGAUCCGGCCCCUCGAUAACACAGGAGAAAGAAUAAUAUUGUAGGAGGGAAAGGCCUGGACCUAGAACCAGAACCUAGUGACUCUGGACCAGUCCUUCCAGUCUGGGUUUGACUUUCCCAGUUAGUGACUGGGUCUCAUUAGUAGAGGAACUGGUUAAGUAACCUGUGAAACACUAGGCUAGAGAACAUGCAAAUGUAUAGAGAACGGAUUUCUUGUUCUGUAAUCUGAUUCUUUGUGACCCCAUUUGAGGUUUUCUUGGCAGACAUUGGAGGGGUUUUCCAUUCCUUCCUCCGGCUCGUUUUACAGAUGAGGAAAUGGAGGCAGACAAGGUGCAGAGGACUUGCCCAGGGUCACACCGACAGGAAGUGGUUGGGAGUAGGUUAGAACUCAGGACUUGUUGAUUCCAGGUCCCCCCCCCCCCCCCAGUUCUAUCCAUUCCACACUUAGCUACCCCGGAGAAUAUAUAAAAUAGGCAAUUACAAAAGAGAUCCGGCCACUUGCUGGCCAGCCAUUUCUGCCCGAGACAGGGCGCUAGUCUCCGGGUCCACCCCCAAUUAACAUUCUCUUGGGAAGGAUGCCCCAGACGGCGCUGACCCCCGGGGGCGGGGGAGGACGGGCGAUAGUCACGGCAGCCUUCAUGGAGGAAGUGGCAUUUGAGGCGAGCCUGGAAGGAGAAGCAGUGGGGGCUUCUGAGAAGUAGAACGGAGAGGUUGACUUCCAGGAAUGGGGGGAGGGGCGGAGGGGCUGGCCCUCGGCCACUCCUUCAUUUGAUAAAUGAGGAAAGCGAAACUUGGGCUGUUGGCGGGGUUUAAACUGGGAGUGCUGGACUCUGGCAACGGCUGCUCCACGUGGGCGGACCGUGGAGGGGCGAAGAGGGCUCAGAAAGAAGUGCACAGUGAGCUGCGGGGGAGGGGAGAGUUCGGCUGCACGAUUCCUUUCGGCUCUCGGCUGCUGGGAUCUUGAAGGGGUGACCCUUGGCAGCAGAAUGCCCCCACCCCAUGAAUCUCACUCGCCACGUCAGUAAAAUGAACCUAGACAAGGAAUCAGCUUUGCGCCGCUGCUCCAUUGCUCAGAGGCGGCAUCCAUUGCCUAGCAACGCAGAACUGCCGCGAGAUUGCGUUUUUCCUUCCCUUUUCUUCCAGGAGCCCCUUUAAGCCGUUGGCACUACAAGUCCCAGGAACCGUGGCGGCAGUCUCAGCCUGCGCCUCCCAUAGUGCCUCGCGCGGCCAGGCUCAGAGGACACGUGAAGGGAAGAUCGGGGCACGAACUACACCUCCCAUGAGGCGCCGCGCGGCUGGGCCGGAGGACGAGACGAGCGGCCACGCCGCCCAAUGGAAGCAACGGGCGGGCGGGCAAGGGUGAGACCGUGGGACCUAAGCCGCUGCGGUGGCCUAAGACGGAGGUGAAGAGCUGUCUGUCCGCGGCCCAUCCCCAGGUCCUGGGCCGGGAAGGUGAGACUACUUGGCCUGAGAGAGAGGCUCUCCUCCCAAACCUGAACUCUGAUCUGCCUCGUGGCUGGCCCCAGUUCUGACCCCGGACUUCCCGGACUGACCCCUGACCCCUGCCCCCGUCCCCGCCCCGGGGCACUGCUGGAUACCCCGCUGCCCCAAUCGGAAACAGAGCCCGGCCGGAACGAUGUUCCCUGUGAAGGUGAAAGUGGAAAAGUCAGAUGAGAGCAAUGGCAGAUGCAGGAGGCUCACUUGGAGGAGGAGGAGGGAGCAUUGGGGAGCACUACUCCAGGAGAUGGGAGCAAUGGCAGGUGUAGGUGGCUGCUUGGAGGAGGAGGAGGGAGCAUUAUGGAAGACUGCCCCCGGGAGAUGGGAGCAAUGGCAGGUGCAGGUGGCUGCUUGGAGGAGGAGGAGGGAGCAUUGGGGAGCACUACUCCAGAAGAUGGGAGCAAUGGCAGGUGCAGGUGGCUCACUUGGAGGAGGAGGAGGGAGCGUUGAGGAAGACUGCUCCCAGGAGAUGGGAGCAAUGGCAGGUGCAGGUGGCUGCUUGGAGGAGGAGGAGGGAGCAUUAUGGAAGACUGCCCCCGGGAGAUGGGAGCAAUGGCAGGUGCAGGAGGCUCACUUGGAGGAGGAGGAGGGAGCGUUGAGGAAGACUGCCCCCAGGAGAUGGGAGCAAUGGCAGGUGCAGGUGGCUGCUUGGAGGAGGAGGAGGGAGCAUUGGGGAGCACUACCCCAGGAGAUGGGAGCAAUGGCAGAGCUGGAGAUGUCCAAAGCCAGGAACCACCUGGACGCCGUCCUGCAGUGUUUGCUGGAGAAGAGUGACGUGGACCGGGACCAGCUGGAGGAGGAGGCCGGGAAAACGCCCUCCGAUGCUCACAGCAAGGACUGCUCUCUCACCUCAGCUGGCAAACGGCCCUCAGCUCGGUUCCCCCAUCACAGAAGGAAGAAGAGGAAGGAGAUGGAGGAUGGGCUCGCCGAGGGGGGACAGCAGAGACCCAACACUUACACCAUCAAGCUGUUUGACCGCAGCGUGGACCUGGCCCAGUUCAGUGAGAACACGCCGCUUUACCCCAUCUGCCGGGCUUGGAUGCGCAACUGCCCCUCGGUGCGGGAGCCAGAGCGCUCGCCCAGCCCUCCCCCAGCUCCCCGGCCGGAGGAUGAGGAGGGAACUGAGGUCACCAACGGUAAGAGCCGAGACGUGUACAAGCUGCCGCCCCCCACCGCCCCCUGCCCUUCUGGGGAAGCCCCCAGCCCCAGGAUCCCCUCCCCACUUCGGCCAGAGGGCCAGGAGGCCUCUGAAGACCCGCCCCCCGAGACAGCCCCAACCAUGUCCUCCCUCAUCUACCGCAACAUGGAGCGCUGGAAACGCAUCAGGCAGAGGUGGAAGGAGGCUUCCCAUCGGAACCAGCUGCGGUACUCCGAGAGCAUGAAGAUCCUGCGCGAGAUGUAUGAGCGCCAGUGACCUUCCCCCAAUAAAAGCGUCCCCCAGCCCAGCA